AUGAAGCGGAUGAACACAGAAGGAGUAGAAUCGAUAGAGCUGCAGUCCUGUGAAGUGCAAGAAGAGUGCUGCGUGCGUAACGACACACACAACGUGAUUUCCUCCGAGCAUUAUGGGAAAUCUGGAACACUGCAUCGAUGGAAGAAUGAGAAGAAUACAACGACAUCACUGUUCCAUCAAAGGCUGUCGUUGCAACAGGUGCUGCGUGUCCUUGUAAUGUUAUGGCUACUGCUGCCCAUACCAAACCCAUUUCUCUGCUGUGCUGCAGCUGCUGGCACAAAUGGUAUUUUGACAACCAUUACCGGUUGCUUUCCUAAUAUGGUGGUCUAUGACAGUCAGACAACACAACACUGCGAGGUGGACAAUGCCAAUGUUUUAAGUACCUUGUCUCUUAAGGUUGGGUAUUACACUCCUGAAGGAAGACUCAUUUCUGGAUGGCCAGCUUCUCUUGUGGAGGGAACAAGUCUCAUUUCAUUUGUGCCAAACAGUGCUGCUCCAGGGGAUAUGAGUCUUGUCAUUCUAGACGAUAGUCAAUUGGAGGGCCCUAUUCCAGUGACGAACAACUUCACCAUGAACUUUGUGAGAUAUGGAGCAACAACAGCAUCAUUUACUUCUAACAGUGCCUAUUAUGGGUUGAAGACAAUGGUGCGGACAAAUUUACCAAAUACCAAUGCCAUUCAGAACUACCUGCUGGUUCCUCCUCAGUCAGACUGUGAUGCCAUGGCAAAAAAAUGUACUGUUGCUGCUGGGUGCUACAAUUUGGCGAUUUCUGCAUCCUUUCCUAUUCCUGGGAACUAUUCACUGUGCUUAUCCGCGAGUGGAUGGCGAGGCUACUACUUGCCGUGGGGUGGAAUUCCCCUCGAGGUGAGGGUGCUGGUGCCAAACGAGCUGUAUAUGAACGCUCUCGGGAAAAACACGCUGUUGCUCCAGGACGCAGUGAGAGGUGCAAAUGUGACUGAUAUGAACAGUGUGUUCCUGGUGAAGUGCCCAUACAGUGUGUGUUCACGAGAGACACUAAACAGUGGUGAUCUAAUAGUGAGUGUUGAUGUGUGUACUGGGACCGCUGUCACGGAUCGUGUGUACUUGUCUGCUAAGGGUGGACCCUUCUCUGCAACAACAGGUGAGUACGCUGUCUGCGCGGAUUACGGUGCAGAGGUUGGUAUUUCUCCCGCUGCACUUCCAGUAAGAGUAUUGCAGGAUCCCUUUGUUUUCAAUGUCACUGUGAUUACAAACACGUUGGUGACGAUUGAUGUGCGUGGGGGUGAUCUCUCAUGGAGGCAGGAACCAUAUCAAGUGUGUGCGGUGCUGCCGAAUACACCGUGUGAGUCUGUGGCUACUGCUCGAGAUUCUGUAUGUGUGAGGAGUAGCACCCCAAAUUCCCCAUCUGUUGAUGUUGACAUCUCGAGUCUGUACAGUCUGUAUAAACUGGGUGCUGACAAAGUGACCUUUUGCUUUGUUGCAUCUGAUGUGACAUUUAACGGUCGCCGUUAUGUUUGGUCGCAUGAUGUGAGGGAAUCUUUUUUGCCGGAGGGUGACUCAGCAGUGGCGCCAAGCUCGAAUAAAUUAUCUGUUGGUGCCAUUGUUGGUAUUGUUAUCGCAGUUGUGGUUGUUCUUGUUAUUGUGGCUGUCAUUCUGUAUUGUGUGCUGCGUCAGCGACCACAGCAAGAACAACAGCGACCCCGAAAAAAGGUGCCGAUGGAUGUUGUGAAGUCUCGACCCACAGGUAAUACAACCACAGUGGAGACUACUUCGAACUCUCUGACAACAGCUUCUACGACUGAAGUUACAACAACUUCUGCUUCAUCUAGAAAUACAGCUAGUUCUGUACAAAGUGAUGAUAGCUCCCAGAAUACUGAUGAUACUGUUAGCAGCGUACUGUGUUGGAGUAACGCUUCACCCAGCGAAGGACAGAUGAAAGAGACGUCCGCACCUCUUUUCGACCCAUGGCCAGUGUAUAUUUUUCCCACUUAUGCAGCACUUUAUAAUAGGGGACCUGAGAAAAAAAAAACUAUCGAGAAGCAAAAGAGGAUACAUGAGCGGGAACCGAAUAACCUGACGUAUUCCGGGAGAAUAAGAAAAAUGUCGGAGAGUUUAGAAGAUAUAUGCGGCCCGGUACUGGAAUCGCCAUCCAAUGAUUCUCUUGAACAGUUUGAGCUUCAAGGUAUCAAACAAAGGAAGGAUGAAAAGUAUAAACAAUUCCGUAAUAAUAGACGUAGAGAUGAAUGA